CAAAAGUUGCGCGGAUUCUGUCAUGGCGGUUUUCUCUUGUCCGUGCGUGUUUUGCUCAGCGCGAGCUGUUGGUACCAGUGGUUGACUGUGUGUUCACCGUUUCUUUCGUUUAGUGGAUGCUGUCGACGAGGACAUGAACAACUACUGAUCAACCUCUGCGUUAAAAGACGUCGGCGCUGUAGAACGCCAAAACGACCAUUGUGCGCACCACGUUGCGUUACCGGAGUAAUGCCGACUUUGAUGAGCCGCUUCCCGUUCACCUCUCCGACGGAUAGCCGACCGAAGAAGCACUCUCUGCCGGAUACAUAACGCCCCUACAGCUCCUUCGCGUUGCGCUCUUGUUCCUGCGCCGUUAUGAUUCCAGUGUCAUUGUGAGUGACAGUGGCUAGUUACGAGUUGUGCUACGUGCGCUGUCGUGAACGGUGUGCCUCAGCAUGAUGGAAGAGUCGUCGUGCGAUGCCAAUCACGGAUUCGUCGAGAACACCGAAGGCAUCGCUCCUCAGUUUUCUGGCCACCUGGAGCUCCUUACGGAGUCCAGCGCAGGUAGUGCCGCAGAAAACGUGAUGGAGGAAAGCCGGUCGUCUUAUACGUCGAGCCAUUUUUGCACCGACGACACGGCCAACGAAGCUGUCGGCGAAAACACGUUGGAUAGCAAUGACAACUCGACACGACACAGCGAUCAAAGUGACGAAGGUAGCGGCGAGUGCACCGCAAAGGCGCCAAACAGCGUGGCAUCGGAAAGCGCGCGCCCUGAGCCGAAUGUAGUACCGUCCGCUUUGGACGAGGAUACGAAACAAAGUGCUUGCGUUGCCGAAGGCGACGCGUCUGCGGGCAAAAACGUCGCCGGUGAACCGUCUCGUGAGAGCCGAAGCGAAGACGACAAGCCUUGGUGCGCCGAAACUUCCAACGACAAAUCGGAGUUGGAUGCCGAGAGCGGCGCCGGUAGCACCAGUGGCCACAAGCGGAGGCGUUCCCGUUGCGUGCCAGUUUACGCUCCGGGGACUCGUGUUGAGGCGAGAGAUUUCCAGGACAAAUGGUAUGCUGCUAAGGUUGUGAGUGUCGACGAAGAGAAUGGCGAUGUGCUCAUCCACUUCGAGGGCUGGAGCUCUCGUUAUGACGAAUGGCUCCCCAUGGACAGUCCACGGUUGCGGCUUGCAGCUAACCUUCACACACGCAAGGAAGUGAAGAAGCACCGUUACAAAAAAUCGGAAUACAAAAAAGGAGAGGAGGUGCUAGCAAGGUGGGGCGACCGCAGGAAAUACCCGGCCAAAGUGAUAGAGGUGAAAGACGACGAAUUGUACUCUGUAAUUUUCUAUGAUGGGAUUGUGAAGACAUUGAAGGGAAUUAAUAUUGAAAAGAUGCCCAGUGAUCAAAAAGGCUGUGUGGCAUUUCCUCGCGCACCUCAGAAGGAACCCGAAAGCAAGCGCCAUCGUGAUUCAUCGAGCGACUCUUCGAAGAAGAGCCACAGCAGGCACGGAGAGCAGCGGAGGCUUUCUGAGGGCGGCAGCACCGGUAAGGCACAAUCCUCCAUGGACACAAAGAAGAGUGGCGAGAAGGUGGUGAAGUCCAGGCCGUCCAAGCAGAGCUCCAGGUCAGAUUCCCGGAGGCAGGAAAAGAGAGAAGCCAGCGCUUCGCCAGCAACAAGCACCUCAAGCACCUCAUCACAGUCCAGGAAGAAAAUAUUGCUUGUAGGGGGGAAAUUCAUGGCCAAGAAAGCAGUCUACCCUGAAGCAGCAAUAAGCUCUAAGCGCAGAAAUGAUGGAAAACGUAAAGCAAGUCUUACGGGGGAUGAGCCUUCUCCAAAACGAGAGAGAAAAUCUUCGGCUGCAGCAAAAGAUCUUACAGAUGGUAGUCCUCACUCCUCACCUGAUUUUACACACUCCAUCACGGCUCAAGAUUACUGUGCAUCCUCUGGCUUAGACGUCUCGGCACCUGCGCAGUACACGCCAGAUGGCAGACGAAUUGCCCCCAAGGAGUUUAUUAUCGAAGAGGAUCACAACCAUUUCAAGUGUCAUUUUGAGGGCUGCAACAAGAGUUUCCGCAAGGAACCCCUGCUGGCAUCACACCUCAAGCACUACCAUGGGAACAAGCCCGUGUUGCCGGCAACGCCUGAUCGUACUCCGCCAAGUGCAACUCCGGAACAGUCUCUGCCAGUCUCCUGUGAAGCAGUUGAGUUGGGCCAAGAGCUGGGGAAAAUCAAGUCGGAGCAUCCUUCAGUGACUUCCGUGCCUGAGGCAGCAUGCGAAGAACCAGUUGAGGCUAUCAGUCACCAGGAGGGAAAUGGACCGCACAUUGUCGAAUCAUCUGCAUGUCCUGACACGGCUAGUGUUCCAGCAGUAUUGGAAGAACCAACUGAAACAGGUGCACCAACUUCUGAGCAGCAGCAGCAGCAGCAGCCAGUACCACAGACUGUACCAGAGCAGACCCCUGCACUGGAGCAUUCCCUCAGAGCUCUCCUGACACCUACACCAGCCACUGAGGCACAGCAGGGAGCUGCAGCGACAGUGGCUCCCACUCCGGUCACCACCACCCCCACCGGAGCAACAGUUCCGCUUGCCAAGCCAAGGCGCAUGCGCUUCAUACCUCACUUCACAACUCUGGUCGAAGGCCGGGAGAAGCGCAAGAUUGCCAAGACAGAGAAAGCGCUGAUAGCCGACAUGGAGGCUGCGGCCAGUCGCAGGACGUCGGCCGGAUCUGCAAGUGACCGCAAGCGCAAGCGCACUUCGAGCACGCGCAGUGACAAGUCUGAUGAUGGGAGCAAGCGCAGUGCCACGGUUAAGGAAGAAAGCGGCCGUAAGGCAAAGACUUCCGAGACAGCUAAGGAGACUUCAGGGCAUGGACCCGAGAGUACGCCAACAAUUGAUGGUGACACGUCUGUAGAGGUCAAGAGUGACGAAGUUGUAAUGUGCGUGUGCAAUUGUGAAGAGGAAAGUGGCCUCAUGAUGCAGUGCGAAGUCUGCCUCACAUGGCAGCACGGAGCAUGCUUCAAAAUUGAGGAAGAAAAAGACGUCCCAGACAAGUACAUCUGCUACAUGUGUGUUGCACCCAAAGAUAAUACGGACUUGCAGGCCGCAACGGAGUGCAACCAAGAACUUGGCUCAGCAAGCACGCAAGAAAGUUCUCGGUCAAAGCUGGACCCUGAUUGGUUCCAUCAUGGCAAGUUAGCCUCCUUCGGCUUUCUGAAAGAGAGGCCCGCUAACCUUCCCAACCCUGAGCAUAUCAAGGCCUCCCAUGAGCUCAUGUGUUCUGUGCACAAUGUCCGGGCUGUGCUCCAUAGCAUCACCCAUAAGAUCAACGUGGCAAGUGAGAAGAGCCAUCCUGACUUGAAGUACUUCACUACGCCAUGGGUGAAAAGAAGUGUCAGUGAGGUUGCUGAUAUCCUCGAGAAGCAAGACGCCACACCCAGUAGCCCUGAAAAGGAUGAGCUAAGGCCGGGUGGGCACAUGCACCUGUCAACUUAUGAUCACGCUUACUUCGCACCUGAAAAAAACACAGCCACCACAGAGCUGACACAGGAAGCUCCAGAUGUCAUUAUCAGCACUGGUGGUGACAGCAGUGCAGGUGAUCUUCUGGUGCAGGACAUGGCCAUGGAGGCUUUUGAAGUCGGCUGUGUUGAAGAGGUUGUCAACAAAGGGGACGAACUGGACGUCAUUGGCUGUGAAGAAGAAGUAACUUCGCUCAACACUGACGAGGACGGCAGGGGCAGCAGCACUUCUGCUACCGCAACACCCAGUGUUUCACCGACAAAGAGCAGCGGUGCGGUGAAGCAGGCUAAUGGAACAGAGGCAGAGAGCCUGGAUGUUGAAGGCUGCAAGAUAAACUUGUUGCAUCAUGUCCUUGAUCUGGAGGACCAACUGGAAGAGAGGAUGGAUGCCUUAGAAGAGCAGCUUCGAGUGCUUGAGCGUGAGAGCUCCAUCAGCAGUGGCACAGAUCCAAGCAUAACAGAAGAAGACGACAUGAUGCGGCUGAAGUUAUCACUCAAAGGCCUUAUGAAAGACUUGAAUGCAGUGCAUCGAUUGACACUGUUCCGGUGACGUGGAAUUGUGCUGUUGACGGACAGUGCGUGGUUGACAGCACGCUGUACAUUCGUGUGUCCAAGCCUUCAGAUGAGUCUGAACCCUAGUGUGGACAUUUUGUAAUAUACUGUUUCUCUUUUGUUUUUAUUAUUAUUUUUUAUUACCAGCCACUUGCAUGUUUUUGAAUGUUCAUGCCAGUAGCAGGAAGAACAUGGGCAUUUAUUACACUGCAACAAACUCUCACACCCACAUUUGUAAAUACUACUCUGAUAGUUUGUGUAAAUUUAGGGAAAAAAAGAAAAAAAAAAUAGAAAUGUCUUUGUUGAGUUUGUGCACGAUCAUGCUGGUAUUUAUUUCUCUCUCCUGUAAACCUGUUGUGUGUUUGUCCGGUGCGUAAAAGCCUGUUGAGUGCUUUUCAACUGCUUGUGUGUAUAUGCAUAUUAGUGAUUUAUUGUCACCCUAUUUAAGUAGCUGCUUUACCAUUUGUUACUUCACAUGACAAGCUCUGUAGUGAUUAGACUCUUGUAAACUACACAACUAACUAGCUCGCCAAAGAACUCAUGUGAUUCAUCACGACUUUAGACUAAAUGCUGCCAAUAAGUACUAUGAAAUUUUUCAGUGCUCUUCACUCUCUCGAUGCAGAAAUCUCUUACUUCUGCAUAAAAAAAUUACUUUUCUCUUGGCUAGUGUGGCCACAAACAAUGCCUGUGUCUGAUUUCUUCCAGAUUAAAAAUGCAAAUACAGAGUACAAUGGCCUAACGACAUUAUAAUAAAUGAAACGCACACCCUUAACCCUAUUAAUGGUAGCACCAGUCAUUCAUUUUAAAAAAGGAAAAAGGGAGUGUUAGUUGUACAUGCUGGGGCUUCUGUCUUAUGCUUUUUGUCCAUGGUUUCACCAUGAAAGCCGUGUCUAAAUUUUCCAUGUGGGAGCAAACUACGCUUGUGCAUGCUGUUUGCGAAACUUGUUCUACCAUUCGUCGGGCAGACUGCCUCGCAGAGAAAUUAGCUCUACAUUUUUGGGACGGGUCUAUUUAUACACGGCCCCUUUCGUAUGGAAGUUAUGUACUGCUACCUGGUGUGGUCGUGUACUCUGGGAACUGUGUGAGUGGUAAUCGCACAGGCACAACAGCAAAAUCUGACAGUAAGUUAAAGUCUGAUUGGUUUGUCUACAUUCAUCGCGAAGCGUUCUUGAAGCAUGGUGACUGUCGCACCGAAAAAAAAAACCUUUUAUUGCAUUCGCGUAGGUCAGCUCAGAAAAAUUGUCCAUUGAGUCUCUCUGGUCAGCGUGCACUAUGCAGGUGUGACUGGGUGCUGGUAGAAAUGGGGGCCACGGUGCUUUCUACAUUUAAAGGGGUCUUGAGCCACGAUGUUUGCUGAAAAAACAUAUACAGCGGAAAGCAGAUGCUGCUGUGAACAGCUCAGCCAAAUCUUGCCGUUGUGCGUGCCAGGGAGAGUUCACAAGCAGGGCACGAAGUUGCCACUUUCUCAAGCGCCCUCUCUCCAUACAGAGGCCUGUACGCUCCCUUUGGGGGGCUGUCGUACAGCAGAUCUUUCUUCACACAACAGAUAGCUGAAAUUAACCACGAACGGCGUUUGGGUCAGAUGCACUUCUUGGGACAAAGUGUCACCACGUGCUGGGCGCCACACUCUAUAGUGUGCAAAAUUACAGAGUAGCGAUACUAGCACGCAGCGGAAUCACACCAGGAGAGAGUGACUGUGUUUCAUGAUGCACAUUCAAGGUCAUGACACAUGCCGACUUUGUGACCCCCCCAUCAUGUGUAGCUUCCCGCAUGCUCAUCGAGACGAAAGAGAGAGAGAAAGUGCUUAAAGCGUGCAACAAAUCCCUUCAACUCUGCUUGUUCUUGACAGAUUCGAAAAAUUUUUGUGGUAAUCGAUUCGUAAGGCAAUAAACUCUGAUACUGAGGUCAAUCAAUGAUUACUUAGAAAAGUGGUUCAGGACUCCUUUAAGUAAAUAAAAAAUAAGCAUGAGUAUGUUCUAUUUGAUUUGAACUCUGGACCUAUAGUACUGAAGCAUGAACCACUACACCAAAGCUACAUGCGCUUAUGAGGCAGAAUGAAAAACUCUUAAGAAUGUCCCGUGUGCAAGCAAGCGUGUUCCAACACUUGGCACAGUUUUCAGAAUGCUGAUGGGUUCAUGAAAUUUUCUCAUGCGAGGCACCAUGUUGAUACGCUUGGCACGUUUUCACAAUGCUGGCUGUUUGCCAUCUGUCUCUUUUCGUGCAUACAUCGCUCAGGUGCGAAGACUACACUACCCGCCCCAUCCCCCCAAAGUAGUGCUAAUGCAUUUCUCUCGCAUUUAUCGUUAAAUCAACACACUCUUUUUUCUUAUCCAUUUUCUGUAAGUGAAAGAAUAGGAGUAACUGUGGAAUUUUUUUUUUCUCUCAAGCAACUGUGCAAAGCCAACGCUCUGUGAAUCCAGGAAA